AUGGUGGAUAUCCUUAGUUUACAUUAUCGUUUUUUCCAACAAAAUCUGGAUGCAUGUAUGCAGCAAGGUGCUACUGCUCUUCAUAAAUGCACUGCAGCUAUAAGGAUGUUAGCAUAUGGAUGUGUAGCUAAUCAAAUUGACGAGUUUCUAAAACAUGGUGCUACAACAUCGAAGGAGUGUCUUACACACUUUGUUGAUGAGAAGGGGAAGAUAGAGAGUUUCCAGAACACGAGAAUCUUUCAACGACAUAACUGUACUCCAGCAUUUGCCGGUUUUGACGACUUUCUCAACGGUCGAGCUUCACAAGUGCAAUUCGACGUAAAUGGAAAUACCUACAACAAAGGGUACUAUCUUACGGAUGGGAUUUAUCCAAAAUGGGAUGUUGAACGUGCGUUUGGUGUACUACAAGCUCGAUUUGCAAUAAUUCGAAAACCUGCUUUAUCGUGGAGUGUGCCAAUGCUGUGGAAAAUCAUGAUGAUAUGUAUCAUUAUCCACAAUAGGAUUGUGGAAGACGAGAUGGUUGGUGGAUCUUAUUCCGUGAGUAAAUUCUCCAUUAUUAGGAUUCAUUAUGAUAUUGAAUAUAGAAUCCUACGUAACUAUACUCUAGGAGGAUUUGAAUAUAGAAUAGCUGAUUUCGAAUAA